AUGCCCGACACCCAAUACCCAUUACCAGACACCCAACAUCCAACACCCGAUACCCUACACCCAACACCCGAUACCCGACACCAAACAACCGACACCCAAUACCUGAUCCCUGACACAGAAUACCCGUUACCCAACACCCGAUACCCAGUACCCGAUACAGAAUACCUGUCAUUCGACACCCGACACCCGAAACCCAAUACCUAUACCCGAUACCCGACACCAAAUACCCAGUACCCAACAUCCAACACCCAAAACCCGAUACCCGACACCCGAUACCCGAUGCACGACACCCAAUACCAGAUACCUAACACCAAAAUACCCAACACCCAAUACCUAACAUCCAAUACCCGAUACCUGGCACCCAACACCCGAUACCCGAUACCCAAUACAAAGAUACUCGACACCCGAUACCCAAUGCCCGAUAUCCAAUACCCGAUACCCGACACGCAAUACACCCAACAUCCAACACUGGAUACCUUACACCCAACACCCGAUACCCGACACCCAAUACCCAUUACCCGACAGCCAACAACCGACACCCAAUACCUGAUACCUGACACAGAAUACCUGUUAACCAACACCCAAUACCCAGUACCCGAAACAGAAUACCUUUUAUCUGACACCCAACACUCGAUUCCCGAUACCCGAAACGUAAAUGAUGCCCAAUACCCGACACCCAAUAUCCCGUACCCGACAUCCAACACCCAAUACCCGAUACCCGACACCCAAUACCCGAUACCCGACACCCGAUACCCGAUGCACAACACCCAAUACCAGAUACCAAACACCAAAAUACCCAACACCCGCUACUCAGCAUCCAACACCCAAUACCUGACACCCAACAUCCGAUAUCCGAUACUCAACACCAAACACCCGAUACCCGAUGCCCGAUAUCCAAUACCCGAUACCCGACCUCCGAUACCUGACACCCAAAACCCGAUACUUGACACCCAACACCCAACACCCAAUACCCAAUACUCGACACCCAAUACCUGUUACCUGACACCCAACAACCGAUACUCGACACCCAAUAUCCAAUACCUGACACCCAAUACCCAUUACCCGACACCCAAUACCCAAUACCCGAUACCCGACACCCAAUACACAAUACCCGACACCCGACACCUAAUACCCGAUACCUGA